AUAUUUCAUUACUCUCUUUAUAAUAUACCCACCACCACUUCAUCUUCUCCAACUUCAAGACACAAACAAAACAAGACAACCUUAAUCUCUCAAAAUAUGAAGAACAGCAAUACUAAUGGCAGCAGCACAAAACUAAUCCUUCUUCAUCCCUACAUUCAAAAACAAGGAACUUCCAACCGUCUAUGGCUUCUAUCUAUCAUCUCAAUGAUCUUCACCGUCGCUUUCCUCCUCACCUUCAUCUACACCCGCGAAUCCAUCUCCGCAACCGUCAUAACUGUCUCCCCUUCUUCUUCAUCUCCUCCCCUUUCCAAAACCCUAAUCAAAGCCCUCCUCCACUACGCCUCCAAUUCAAACAACACCGAUCACAUGUCUGCCUCUGAUAUAAAACCAAUCUCCGACGCCAUACGUAACUGCCCUUCCUCCCCAUGCAAUUUCCUCGUUUUCGGUCUCACCCACGAAACCCUACUAUGGAAAGCCUUAAAUCACGGCGGUCGAACGGUUUUCAUCGAUGAAAACCGAUACUAUGCCGCCCAUGUAGAGGAAAAGUUUCCGGAGCUCGAGGUUUACGACGUUCAAUACACGACGAAGAUGAGCGACGCAAAAGAAUUAGUGGCGGUAGCCAAACACGCCUCAAACAAUGAGUGUCGGCCAGUGCAGAAUUUGUUGUUUUCAGAUUGUAAGUUGGGGAUUAACGAUCUUCCUAAUGGGCUUUAUGAGGUUGAUUGGGAUUUAAUUUUGGUUGAUGGGCCGAGAGGGUAUUGGGCCGAUGGGCCGGGCCGAAUGAUGUCGAUAUUUACGGCUGGUGUGUUGGCGAGGAGCAAGAAGGGAGGAAGAACACAUGUUUUCGUUCAUGAUUAUAAUAGAAAGGUGGAUAAAUUUACGGCGGAUGAGUUUUUGUGUAGAGAAAAUUUGGUGAUGAAAUCGAAAGAUAUGUUGGGGCAUUUCGUGUUGGAGAGAAUGGAAGAAGGAAGUUUUCAAUUUUGCAAAAAUCACACUUCGCCUUCUUCGUCGUCUUCAUCGUCUUGAUUAAUGAAUGUUGUAAUUUUAUAUAUUCUUGUUGUUCUUCUCUAUUUGAAUAUGGUUGGUUUUGAACAUAAAAAUGGGAGAGAUGUGGUUAUUUAAUUAUCAUCAAAAUAUUGUAUUUUUUAUUUGGGAAUGAGACAUUUUAGGAUUCAUGGGA